CGGCCCGGCCCGGGCAAUCAUCACUUCCAAAUGAAACUAAAAUCCUAGACUUUUUUUUUUUAUCAAUCUCAAAAUCCCAAACCGUCAAAUUUCCAAAACGAAAGUUAAUCAAAUUUGUUCAUCAAUCUCAAAAUUAAAUAGGUGGGAAUUAGGAAAGGUCUCUUUGCAGUGAACUUUGCGGUUGGUCUUCGAAAUAUUUCGACAAAGGUCAAUCAUCAGCUUCUGCUCCAUUGUGACUGACCCGGCGGCUCUGUCUCCGACUUGGCUGAACCGAAAGUUGAGCCUCCAGCUUCAACUUUUCUGGGACAGACUCCAAUACUUGCAAUUAAAGAAAGAAAAGAAAUUCCAUAAAAUGGAGAAUCCUUUAGCACAUUUUCCUCAACCCGAACUCGUUGAUCAACCUUCGGCACCGGUUCUUGCUUCUUCCAAUGUGCCGCCUUUAGCUUGCCCUUUGCCUCAUUCACUUCCUUCCAGGCCUCCUGAAUCCUUUAUGCAUAAGAAUAGGUUACAGGAGUUUACUCAACGAUCAUCCAUACAGCUUCCAGUGUAUCAAACUGUUAAUGAAGGAUCAGUGCAUGCGCCCCAGUUUCGGUCAAGUGUGUUAGUUGAUGGUGUAACAUAUACUUCUGAGGCCACCUUUUCUAAUAGAAAAGCAGCCGAACAGGAUGUUGCCAAACAUGCACUGGAGUGUAUAUCAAAGAAGUUAAAGGAUGAAGGCUGUCCUCUCAUUCGUGAGGAUACAGUAUUCUGCAAGUCUAUCUUAAAUGAAUUUGUGGUGAAGAUGAAUCUAGAAAUGCCAACAUACAAUACCAUUCAGUCAGGAGGAGUGCUUCCCCUUUUUGUGUCUACUUUAGUUUUCAAUGGUGCGACUUAUAGAGGGGAAACUGGUAGAAACAAGAAGGAAGCUGAACAAUUAGCUGCACGUGUCGUCAUACAAUCACUUCUUGCUGAUGAUAGGUAUGGGACUGUUGUUUCAGAGAUCAUAAAAUCCAAAGCUAAACUUUAUGAUGCCUUGAAUAAAGCCAAGGAUUCCAGUUUUGACACUACACUUACUGGGGCAAACAGACUGAAUCAUAACAAUACAGAGGUUGAAAAUAAUGAAGUCACUAACCAUGUUCCAAAUUCUACACACCCAAGCUCUGGAGCUAAACAUCCACGCCAUGAGUUCAAGGUUCCGAAAUCAGGAGAAGGUACUGAUUGCAUUGAUCUUCCAAUUGCUUUUGUGCCUGCAGUCAUUGGACAGGGUUCAGAUGUUGGUGAAAGUUCUUCAAAAAAGCAACGCAAGAAGAAGAAAAGGGCUAAACUGAAUACUAAUACUCAGUCGGUAGUUACUGGUAACCCAUUCAAUCAAACAACACCAUGUUCACUUGCUCUAUGAAACUUGCCCAUCGCUUGCAUGAUUUGUAGCAAAUAUUUUGUGAGGUUUGGCACUGAAAACCUUGGUCAUGGUUCUUAGAUGGUGUUUGCAAGAUAUUUAUACCGUUGUAGUAAAACGUAUGAAGUGUUUUUCCUGUCUUUUGUUAUCCUUGGGAGCAGCUGAUAAGAAGCUUUUGUUAAAGUGAGCCAAUAAUGGCCGGAGUGGAAGAAACACCGUUUAUUGUUGCGGAAAGGAACUUGGUUGGUCUAUGAUUUGUGUUCCUCGUGCUCACGUUUUCUGUUGCUAAAACAACUCAAUUUUCUUGUCAUCUGAGUUUGCUUAGCCAAGUGAUGAUCUUGUAUCCAGUUGAUGUUUUGGUAUAAAUGAGAUCUGGCAGUUUUAGUGAGUAACUAAAA